CAUACCGUUUAGUUCAUCGCAACAUUUCACACUUCUAUCGCACUCAGAAUGUUUAAGUUGGGUAAAGUUGCGUAUAUCGUCAUAACAGCCUGUACACUUAUUGCCUUGGGAGGAGUUGGCUACGGAAUAUAUUAUGCAGUAACGAGAAACCAUUCUUCUAUUGUACAUGUUGACGGUCUGCUAUAUCCUACCGAAUCUGAAACCAGAGAGGUGAUUUCAUUGGAUGGACUUUGGGAUUUCGCUAUGUCGGAUCCAAAUAGUCCAAGACAAGGUUUGCAAGAGCAAUGGUUCGGGAACGAACUUCGAAACUAUGUCAAUAUCACAAAGAUACCGGUGCCGUCGAGUUACAAUGAUUUGGAUGUACUUGAAAGCAGUCGAGAUCACGUUGGAACGGUGUGGUAUGAACGCAGAUUUUUUGUUCCGUUGCCGUGGAAUACCCAACGUGUGUGGCUGAGAUUCGGUAGCGUUCAUUAUGAAGCAAACGUUUGGAUCAAUGGGGAACAUGUUGUACAACAUUCAUUCGGCCAUCUUCCAUUCGAAGUGGACGUUACGGAUAGCCUCGAUUUUAAUGAAGAGAAUCGUAUCACAGUUUUGUGUGACAAUACCUUGUCAUCGGUUUCGAUUCCUCAAGGCGGUGUCGUUGAAGGAGAUGGUGACAAUGGAAAAGUGCUGCUUCAGCAAUACGACUUUGACUUUUUCAACUAUGCUGGCAUCCAUCGUUCAGUGCAUCUUUACACAACCCCGAAAACUUACAUUCGAAAUUUGCAUGUGGAGUCAAGCGUAGAUGAUGUAGGCCAUGGACACGUGAAUUUUGAAAUUAUUUUAAGCGAUGACUCUGCAACGAAUUCCGCAAAUGUGAAUAUUCUCGACAAAGACAUGAAUGUGGUUGCCUCACAGACUGUGGAUGGAGGAAUGCGAGGAGUGUUGAUAAUCAACAAUGUUAGAAAGUGGUGGCCAUAUCUAAUGAACCCGGACCCUGGUUAUUUGUAUACGAUUGAAGUACGAAUUUCAACUCCAACGGAACAGGACGUUGAUAUUUAUCGAAAGAAGUUUGGAGUUCGUACACUCCGAUGGACCAGCACAGAAUUUCUAAUCAACGACAGGCCGGUCUAUUUUCGGGGAUUCGGAAAGCAUGAAGAUUCAGAUAUUCGUGGAAAGGGCUUAGAUUUGGCUAUUCUAACAAGAGACUUCAGUUUAUUGCAGUGGAUCGGCGCAAAUGCAUACCGCACAACUCACUAUCCAUACUCGGAGGAGUCUAUGCAAUUUGCUGAUGAGCAUGGCAUUAUGAUCAUUGACGAAUGUGGAUUUGUACAAACGAAUAUUGUCCUGGAAGACUACACCGAAGAAUUACUCCAAAAUCACAAAGUCAAUAUGGAGCAGCUGAUACAUCGUGACCGUGAUCAUCCGAGUGUUGUCAUGUGGUCGAUUGCGAAUGAGCCGAGAUCGGAGGCGGACAAUGCUGAUUGGUAUUUCAGUGAAAUAGCGAGCCACACGAAACGACUUGACCCAACGCGUCCAAUCACAGCCUCGAUAGACCGGAGCCUUGAACGCGAUAAAUCAGCCACUUAUUUAGAUGUUAUCAGCUUUAAUCGAUACAACGCUUGGUAUUCGAAUCCUGGACGUUUGGAUACGAUCACGAAUAAUGUGGUUAAUGAAGCUAGGCGAUGGCAUGAAAAACAUUCAAAACCUCUGAUGGUUAGCGAAUAUGGUGGUGACACAUUAGAAGGUCUUCAUUUGUUACCUGCGUUCAUUUGGACGGAAGAGUUUCAAAUGGAAUUGUUCUCAAAACAUUUUGAAGCUUUCGAUAAAUUGAGGAACGAAGGAUUUUUCAUUGGCGAAUUUGUGUGGAACUUUGCGGACUUUCAAACGAAACAAGGUAUCACUCGCCUAAAUGGCAAUAAAAAGGGAGUCUUUACACGAAGUCGUCAGCCGAAAGCAGUUGCACAAUUGCUUCGAAUGCGUUACUUUGAUCUGGCAAUGGAAAUAGAUAACAACGAAGAUCAGCCAUCGGAUGUGGAUGAAUAUAUCAGCCCGUUUCAGGAGAGAUAUUAUAAAAUUGAGCUUUGAAUUUUGUCUCUUAAACUAAAAUUAUAGGGCGGGCGCAUCAGCCUCCAUACAUGUACCAGUAGUCG